GCAAAAGCAGCGGGAAAGCCUCACCAAGGCCGCCGCCAGCGCUGCCAGUGCCGCCACAGCGGCCGCCGCUGAGGCGGAGGAAUACGCAGGCAUCGCCAAGGCCAAGAAGGCCGAAGCCGACAAGGCGGAGAAGCACUCCGCGUCCAAGGUUACUAAGGCGAAGGAGCUGGAGGACAAAGCUAAGGCAAAAGAGGAAGAGGCUAAGAAGGCCGCGAAAGAGGCUGCAGAUGCCCGGGAGGAGGCCAAAAAGGCCCGCGACGAUGCAGAGGUGAAGGAGUCGUUCUACCAGGAGGCGGCUUCGGAUCACCGGAACAAGAUCGCGGCAGCCGAGAAG